AUGCAAGAAAAUAAAUUGAGAUAAUAUCAAAUAUAAUCAGAAACUGACAAUUUCUCAGUUAAAACUAAAACAGAAAGCGGAUUUACUGUUGUUACAGAUAUGGCCAAGAAAGUUGGUGGAAAUGGAAGUGGUCCAUCACCUAUUGAAUUGUUGCUUUCUUCAUUAGUGGGCUGUGAAAACAUAGUUGCCAGAAAUAUAGCUUCACAUUUAGGUUUUACUAUAAACUAAGCAAAAUUUGAUAUUAAAGCUGAAAGAGAUGAAAGAGGAACAAAUGAUCUUCCCAUGACAGAAGACUCUCCUAUAACUUCAGGAUUAUAAAGAAUUUGGGGAAUUGUUUAUGUUGAUACAGAUGGCUCAGACUAAUAACUAUAAUAAAUGAAUGAAAUUUUAAAGAAAAGAUGCCCUGUUGCUAGAAUGAUAGUUGAUAGUGGAUGCAAGCUCGAAAUAGAAUGGAAAAAACUUGAAUGA